UCCAGUCCGCGCUUUCAGACAACCCAACAUCUUCUCUUUCAUUCAAAACCCCAUCUUCUUCACCCGUUAAUGGCGGCUUCUCCUUUUCCACCUCCCUCUACUCCUUUCUCUCUUCCACCUUUUUCCAUCUUCAGUUUCAAUCGGAAAUUGAAAAACUCCAUUUUACUUUUUUACUUCCAUGGAUCCUCCACUUCAAGCUUUUAUAGCUGCGGCUUCCAGUUUCGUUGCAGUCCUCUUGAUCUUUGCUUCUCUCUAUAUUUUCUGCAGAAACCCUAUCAAACGUCGUCCUAUUGAAGAGGAAACCCGGAAUCAUCCCCGCACCCGGAACCGGAACAUCCGGGCUAUAGCUAGUAGCAAUACAGAUCUCUCAUCCAUCACCGUAACUGAAAGUGCAACAUUCGACCCGAAUCUAGAUCAACUCUCCAUGAAGCAGCUCGCCGACGCGACCCGGGAUUUCUCACCGGAACUCAUAAUCGGCGACGGGAGUUUCGGGAUGGUAUACAAGGCAACGCUCACCUGCGGCAAGACCGUCGCCGUGAAGAAACUCUCCGCCGACGCUUUUCAAGGGUUCCGAGAAUAUCGUGCGGAGAUGGAAACCCUAGGUAACAUCAAGCACAAAAAUAUAGUCAAAAUGCUCGGGUACUGCUCCACGGGUAGUGACCGGGUACUAAUUUACGAGUUCAUCGAAAAAGGCAGCCUCGACCAAUGGCUUUACGACACGUCAUCGACUUCCGAUAUGUUGGAAUCCAUGCCAUGGAUGCCACUAAAUUGGGAAACAAGGAUAAAAAUUGUCAAAGGAGUAGCUGAAGGACUUGCUUAUAUGCAUAAUUUGGAUACUCCAAUUAUUCAUAGAGAUAUCAAAGCCAGUAACAUCUUAUUAGAUGCAAAUUUCAAUGCUUAUAUUGCUGAUUUCGGAUUAGCUAGAAGAAUUCAAGGAUCACAUUUACAUGUAUCAACACAAGUAGCUGGAACCAUGGGGUACAUGCCACCAGAGUACAUAAAUGGUGCACCCAUGGCUAAAACAAACGGAGAUGUUUAUAGUUUUGGUGUGUUAAUGUUAGAGAUUGUUACGGGGAGACGCCCUAAUUUCCCAUUUAAAGGAGAAGAUGGUUGCGAAAUUAGGCUUGUCAAUUGGAUUAGUGGUAUGGUAGAACAAGAAAGGUACAUGGAAAUGGUUGAUGCCAAUCUUUCGAAGGAUGAGUUGAAAGAAAGUGCAAUUGUUGAGUAUUUUAGGAUUGCUAUGAUGUGUGCUAAUGAAAAUUGUCACGCUAGGCCGCCUAUGAAGGAAGUCGUUAAGAUUCUGGAUGGAAUUUCAACAUCGACAUUCAUUUCUUCCUAAGUAUUCCUUGUUCAUCUCUAAUGUAUCCAAUUCUAUGUAUUACUAUUUUAAGUUUGUACUUCGUAGUUUAUAUAUAAAAAUGUAAAAAGUAGGGCAAAUUGUUGUUUUUAAUUGAUUGAGAAAUAAGAUAAGAUAUUCGGACAUUAUGUAAAUAACAAUUGCACCAAUUUAGAUUCUUAUGUCCUAAUAAAGUUUUAAGUAAGCUUGUGGAUA